AUGGAGAGGUUUGCGGGCGGGGACAGAAUCAACCGGCAGGUCACCUCCGGUCCGCCCGCGGAUCUGUUUGUCCUGGUGCUGUGCACAGCAGGCCUGCACCGGUUCGGCGCGGCCAUUCUGGAAGCACCCCCUGGAUGGCGAGCAGCGCUGCUGGCCUGGCAAGUACUCAUGAUUGCCGGCAGCGCCGCCAUCCUGACGUGGCGGCUGCGCUGGAGGAAGAGCUACUUGCCGCACCGCGAGCUGUCGGCGGUGUUCAUGCGAUUGAUCUGCAUGGGCUUCGGCCUGGGGAGCCGCAUGGUGCAGCAAGUGCUCAACGACACUCCAGUGCCGAUGGCUGAUCGCGGCGGGCCAGUGCCACAGCAGGCGGCCGAGAACUAG